CGAGCGAGCGAACGCGGGCCGCCGCUGACCCCCCGCCGCCGCCUUCCCCGCAGCGACCCGGACAGCGUGGUGCUUUGCCUCCUGGCGGUGGACGAGGAGGACGGGGAGGACAUCGCGCUGCAGAUCCACUUCACCCUGAUCCAGGCCUUCUGCUGCGCCAACGACAUCCACAUCCUGCGCGUCUCCGGCCUGGAGCGCCUGGCGGCCGUGCUGGGCGAGAGCCCCCAGGACGGGGGCGCAGCGGAGCCGCGUGACCUGCACUGCCUGCUGGUGACGCAGACCCCCCACACGGAUUCCUGGACCAGCCAGGGGCUGGCCGAAGUGGCCACCUAUUGCCAGGAGAGCCGGUGCAACGACCAGUGGGUGCCCUACGUGGCUCUGCAGGCACGCUGAGGCCCCUUUGCUUUCUGGUGCGGAGUGUCAUGUGUGAAACAAUUGCGUCCAAAGGAGGAAGAAUGUUGUUUCUGUAAAAAUUACAAUAGCGCCUGACUGUCGGAAGGCGAGUGGUGGAUGAGUCACCCAGACAGACAGCGAGAGCGAGCGGAAGGUCUGACUUGGCCUGGAGGAGGAGGAGGAGGAGGAGGAGGGGGGCUGCUGCUGCUGCUCCGUCAGCUGACUGCUGGGAAGGAGGCAGGACAGCGGCUGCGGGCCCUUGUGGGUGCCAGGCUCCCUGUGGGGUGGAGGAGCCGUUCUUGCUGCGUGCGAGUGCCAGUGGGCGGACGAGGAGGGACUGACUGCCUGACUGCGUGGAUCAGCUGGAAAGCCAAGCGCCUCUGCUGGAGGCUCAGGGUCAGGGAAGGGGCCAGACCUCUCCUCCCCAGGACUCCGUAAGGAGGUGGCCGAAAUUCACGUCUGUGAACUUGCGCAAACAGGACUGGUUUCCAAAAGUUAGCUGCGAAGUAUUUUUCUAGUUCUAAGGAACCUACUGAUACUGACGGCUUUUAUUUAUCUUGGAAGAUUUGCAUGUUUGUUUUUAUCUUUUUUCUGAAGAUGAAAUUCUGGAGAUGCAGAAGCCAAAUGCAAAUUUAUUCUCAUACCUGGAUUAAAAUUAUAAUAAACACGUUUUACAUUCUGAAAACAAUG